AUGUCCAAAGUGCUGCAAAUUGUAUUGGACAUCAUUGAAAAUGAAGUGUGUCCUACUGUUAUCCAGUUUCCGUCCGAAGAUCGAGAAACAAAUGCCAUUAAACUGGCGUUCUACCAGAAAACUGGAUUUCCAGGAGUAAUUGGAUGCAUAGAUGGAACCCACAUAAGCAUCAUCCCACCGGCUCGCGAUAAACAUCUGUAUUAUAAUCGGAAAGGAUUUCACAGUCUGAAUGUUUUGUUGGUUUGUGAUAAUAACUUAAUGAUUCGCUAUCUCGAUGCUAAUCAUCCAGGAUCCUCCCACGAUUCUUUUGUAUGGAACGGCAGUUCAUUAAAUCAGCUGUUAUUACAAAGGUAUAACAACGGGGAGAGGAGCUCCUGGUUACUCGGUGAUGCUGGUUACCCUUUGAAACCAUUUCUCAUAACACCUUUCCGUACAAGUGUCAAUACCACCGAACGACACACUAGGUUCAAUGACAUACAUUCCAAAACCCGAGUCACCGUGGAACGGUCCAUUGGAGUGGCCAAGAAUACGUUCCGGUGAUUAUUAGGAGCAAGACAACUUUAUUAUACACCUGAAAAAGCCACACAGAUUAUUAACGUUUGUGUUGCCCUACAUAAUCUCCGCAUUCAACAUAAAAUGGAUUACGACGAACCGGAAUUAGCAGAUGAAGGAGAAGAUUUAGAUUUGCGUGAUGUUAACGGAAAUCAAAAUGAGGGAGUAAGAAUCAGAGAACAAAUUUUGAAUAACAUUUUGUGAACUGCCUUGUUGUUGCUGCUUCUUGAAUUCAAACAAAAAUAGAUUAAAUUAAAACUAAUUAUUCAACCAUACGAGUCCAAUCACUAUAUUCUGAGGGAGAUGUCUGGCGUAACAUGUUAAAAGGGCCUAUCUAAAUUUUGUAAACA